AUGUAUUGUUGCGUGUACCCAAAUCGGAUCGAACAAGACCCAGGAAUCAAGGAAGGGUUCCCCAUUCAUCGCCAGUGUACCAAGAUGACUGGCAGUUGCAUGGUUAAGGGCAAGAAUGGUCAAGUUGUCAAGUCUAAGAAUGGUCAAGAUCUUGUCGCCCUUGGCGCUUGUUGUUAA